CAAAUGCCCAGUGCGUUCUGACAUUUUUUCUAAGGAUUUUUGAUUGAUGGAAGGCUAGAUUUUGAUUGAUCUUACAUAAAAAAAAGAACCCUAUAACCCAAAUUUCGACGUUCCUUUGAAUUUGCAGUUUUUUGGGUUGAUUUUCUGGGGAUGGCAUCUUCAUCAAUGGCGAGUCCGCUAUGUACGUGGUUGGUGGCCGCUUGCAUGUCUGUCACGUGCGGAAAAGACCAGUCUCAGUCGUCAAUGCUCCGUUUACCAACUUCUUCUUCCUCCUCCUCAAGGAGACUCGGCCGUUGGGCUCGCACUAGAAGGAAAGCUCUUCUUUCCCAACGCGACGGCGGCUCGGACAGCAACCUGAACGGGGGCUUGAUUUCGUCGUUUUGUGGAUCCGGUAUUCAAGGCUUGAUGACCUCGUGUUUAGCUUUCGAGCCCUGUGAUGAGUACUAUUCCUCCAAAAACAGUAGCCUUUUUGGUCAAAAUGGAGGCUUUUCUUCUUUAUUUGGAUCCAAAAGCUCUCCCUUCAAUAACAAUCGCAGGCAACGCAGACUCAAUCGAGCAGCUAACCUUUCAGGAGAAACCAUGGCUGUAGCUGUGCAACACACCAGAGAAAUACCAACAAAGAAGAAACCUCCUACGAACAAAAGACAAGUAGUUGUGACAGGGAUGGGAGUGGUGACUCCGCUCGGACAUGAUCCCGACAUCUUCUACAACAACUUGCUCGAGGGUGCUAGUGGUAUAACUGAAAUUGAGGCUUUUGAUUGUGCACACUUUCCAACUAGAAUCGCCGGAGAGAUAAAAUCAGUCUCAGCGGAUGGUUGGAUUGCACCGAAACUUUCCAAAAGGAUGGACAAAUUCAUGCUUUAUAUGCUUAUUGCUGGAAAGAAAGCCUUGGAAGACGGUGGAUUAACUGAAGAUGUAAUGGACGAGUUAGAUAAAGCGAAAUGCGGAGUUCUGAUUGGCUCAGCAAUGGGUGGCAUGAAGGUUUUCAAUGAUGCAAUUGAAGCUUUGAGGAUCUCGUACAAGAAGAUGAAUCCUUUUUGCGUGCCGUUUGCUACUACAAAUAUGGGUUCGGCAAUGCUUGCAAUGGAUUUGGGAUGGAUGGGCCCUAACUAUUCAAUCUCCACUGCAUGCGCAACAAGCAACUUUUGCAUAUUAAAUGCAGCAAACCACAUCGUUAGAGGCGAAGCUGAUGUGAUGCUUUGUGGUGGCUCAGAUGCAGCAAUUAUACCGAUUGGACUGGGAGGAUUCGUGGCAUGCAGAGCACUCUCUCAAAGGAACAAUGAUCCUACCAAAGCUUCACGCCCUUGGGAUGCUAAUCGUGAUGGAUUUGUGAUGGGGGAGGGUGCUGGGGUUCUGCUUUUAGAAGAAUUGGAACAUGCUAAGAGGAGAGGUGCGACCAUCUAUGCAGAAUUUUUGGGUGGAAGCUUCACUUGCGAUGCUUAUCAUAUGACCGAGCCACAUCCUGAUGGAAUUGGUGCCAUUCUCUGCAUAGAGAAGGCCUUGGCUCAGUCUGGUGUACUGAGAGAAGAUGUAAAUUACAUUAACGCUCAUGCUACAUCUACACCAUCUGGAGACAUUAAAGAGUACCAGGCUCUUCUCCAUUGCUUUGGCAAGAACCCCGAGUUAAGGGUGAACUCUACAAAAUCAAUGAUCGGUCACCUAUUGGGAGCUGCUGGUGCUGUGGAAGCUGUUGCAGCAGUUCAAGCAAUACGGACUGGUUGGGUCCAUCCGAACAUCAAUCUCGAAACCCCAGAUGGAGGAGUGGACAUGAAUGUGCUGGUGGGGCAAAAGAAAGAAAGAUUGAACGUAAAGGCUGCAUUGUCUAGUUCUUUCGGGUUUGGUGGUCACAACUCCACCAUCAUUUUCGCGCCAUACAAGUAAAAUUGUUCAGAAUAUAAAUGUAUAUUGUAUCUGUAUCACCUGCAGAUAAAUAUAACGUCCAUCGGCAAUUUGGUUGGUCACUUUGUUAAUGCAGUUGGUACAGUAUCAACAAAGUAUAUCAUUUGUCGACAAACAUCAGUUUGAAAGGGUUAUUAUACAAAGUAUAGGUGGCCGAAUAGUCAGAGCUUCGGAGUUGUAAGGAGAGAACUUUAUCGCCGUGGUUACGCUGUUGUUUCUGAUAUUUCGUUUUCUCCUGAUAUCUAGCUACAAUGGAGCUUUUACUCGUGUUUUUUAGUUGACAUGGGCCGUUGAACCAGUGGAUGUGGUAGAUGUUUAGUUUUGGUUAUCAUUUACAAGAAGAUAUUAGCGGUUUGAUAUUCAAUUUGUAAUGAAAUUUGAGCUGGCUGUAUUGCCAGCUACGCUUGUAGCUACAUCAUCAUCAUUAUUAUGAUUAUCCCUAAACUGUCACCACCACCAA